GGGUCUGAGCACAUUGCAUCUCAUGAAGCUCAGGGGCUCGGAGUUUUGCAGAUGAGGCAGGCUGUCCUGGCCAGCUUGGAGCCUCUGUGGCCAGCAGGAUCUCCACUUGGAUGAUGUGAAGUGUUGGAGGAGCUCUGAUAUUUGAAGGCACUUUUCAGCCGUCCGGGAUUGAAUACAGCAAUGUCCGGGGUGAACAGCUCCGCUGUGGACAGCUUGGUGGGGAACAGGUGCCUGGCCGGCAGUGAGGAGCAGUUUCAGUACUAUGGACAGUUCACUCCCAGUGUUUCCAUCCUGCUGGCAGUGCUGAUGAUUCUCAUGGUGCUGGCCACGGUGCUGGGCAAUGCCCUGGUCAUCCUGGCUUUUGUGGUGGACAAAGGGCUCCGGACUCAAGGCAAUUUCUUCUUCCUCAACCUGGCCAUUGCUGACUUCCUGGUGGGCGGGUUUUGCAUCCCUCUCUACAUCCCGUAUGUCCUGACCGGCCAAUGGAAGUUCGGCAAAGGCUUGUGCAAGCUGUGGCUGGUCAUGGACUAUCUGCUGUGCACGGCAUCAGUUUUCAACAUCGUCCUCAUCAGCUACGACAGGUUCAUCUCCGUCACCAGAGCGGUGUCAUACAGAGCUCAGAAAGGGAUGACCAGAAACACAGUCCUUAAAAUGCUGUUCGUGUGGGUGGCCGCCUUUCUCCUCUACGGUCCCGCCAUCAUCAGCUGGGAAUACAUCGCACGUGCGACCAUCUUACCAGAAGGCGAAUGUUACGUGGAAUUUUACUACAACUGGUACUUUCUCAUGAUCGCCUCCACCGUGGAAUUUUUCACACCCUUCAUCAGCGUCACCUACUUCAACCUGAGCAUCUACAUUAACAUCAAGAAGAGGACCAGGAUGAGGAACGAGGAGCUGGCCCAAGGACACGAGCAUUGUGAGAUGAGUUUCCAGAGGAAGAGGAAGGAACACUUGAUAUUUUUCGUCAAGCCAGCAGAGAGGCCUCACAUAGAAUGCAGAAAACAGGCCUCUUGCUUGACGCCCACAGAGGUUUGCCCUGAAGAGCCGAGAAUGAAGAGGGUCAAAGGCCACACCUUGGACCUCAACAUAAGUCAGGACCUUCCACCACUGCAGGUUGAGGUCCAAACCAGGAGACACCAAGCCUGCCUUUAUAAAGCAGUGGAGAACGCUUGCAGUAACGUCAGGACGGACAUGGCUAGUAGCAUUGCCAACCGUUUUAGGCUUUCGAGAGACAAGAGGGUAGCCAAGUCGUUGGCCAUCAUUGUGUGCGUGUUUGGCCUUUGCUGGGCGCCCUACACCCUCUUAAUGAUCAUCAGGGCUGCUUGCUAUGGGCGCUGCGUCCAACAUUAUCUCUACGAGAUCUCGUUUUGGCUAUUGUGGUUAAAUUCCGCCAUCAAUCCCGUACUGUACCCCCUCUGCCAUAUGAGUUUCCGAAAAGCCUUCAUGAAACUACUGUGUCCGGGAAAAGUGAAAAUACACCCCCAUAUUUUUAUGUAGCGGUGAUCUCGGGACGGAAAUUCCUAUAGGAUGGAAUACAGAGACUUCCUUUUCAUGUCUUGGCUUACCUGGACCACCUCUGAGUGUUCACGUUUCAGUUAUUUUAGUUGAGCUGAGCGACUAACGAGAUCAUUGGAGAAUAUAUGUGUAACAUUUGGUUGAAAUGUCUCAUGAAAGCUGAAGACUUGAGAUUAGUGUGUUCUGUCAACUCUUAAGAGUUUUGGACCUUUUGGUGAGUCGACAGUACAGCCGAGACACAGUCUAAGAGGAUCAUAUAAUCAGGGGCGGACUGACCAUUAGGGCCCUCGGGCACUGCCCAAGGGCCCCAAGGCCAGUAGGGGGCGCCAUGAGCUGGGACAGUCACACUGUAUGAACACUAAUGACACUAAUGAUAGAA